AUGAAGGGUGAUCCUAGCAAGCGCAACCCAGGCAAGCAUUGCCAUUUUCAUGAUGACGUUGGGCAUGAGACCAAUGAAUGCAUUAGUCUCAAGCGUCUGCUGGAUCAGUUGGCUGAAAGGGGUGAUCUGGACUCUUAUGUCAAGAAAUCUAUAGGAAAACAGCCCCCCAAACAAAAUCAGUCGGUCAGGCCAAAAAGACAGAAGUCGGCCGACAGCUCUGACACUGAUGAAGCAGCCAUCAAUACAAUAGCAGGCGGCUAUGCAGGGGGAGGCCCGACUGUUCAGGGAAACAAGGAUAACAUCAGGCAAUUGGAUGUGAACUCUAUUAAUCGAGGUGAGACCUCUGGUACCUCGUUUCUUGAGGUUAUUAUUUCUGAGAAAGAUUUUGGUGGUGUCCAACGGUCGCAUGACGACCCAAUUGUCAUCGAGUGUAAAGUGGCCAACCAAAGAGUCGGCAGGAUACUUAUUGAUACAGGGAGUUCGUCGGACCUCAUCAGCCAUAAGUGCUUGACCAAGCUCAAGUACAGGCUUGAGAGUAUACAGCUUGUCUCCCAUCCUCUCGUAGGAUUUGGUGGGGGAGUCGUCCAUCCGAUUGGUCAAGUUGACUUUCCCGUCCGUCUGGGUGAGAGAGGCGAGGGCCGCCACAUGGUCAUUCGUUUCCUGGUUGUGAAAGAACUUACUGCCUACAACAUGAUCCUUGGGCGCCCCACCCUUAAUGACUCUAAAGCAGUUAUCAUUCCAUCCCUUAUGUUGCUCAAGUUUGAGAAGGAUGACAAAACAGUCGGCUCCAUAAGGGGAGACCAGAGAAUGGCCAGAGAGUGUUACUGA